AUGGCCAAGUCAAGUCUUCUUAAAGAUACAGUCAAGGCUAUCAAGGCGUGCCCGCCGGAGAUAUUCAAUGUUUGGCUUUUCUUUUGUACGGCCGUGUGGAGUUUUUCUGGCAAUAUAGCAUCAAUUGUUGUGCAAAAAAAGUUCAAGACCGAGUUCGGAGUCAUUCAUGAAACCGACACCCAAUAUGCCAACACCAAGGGAUGGAUCGUUUCCAUCGCCACAGCGGGUGCCGUCUUUGGCUGUCUAGCUUGUAUCAAUCUCGUGCAGCUAUGGGGACGAAAGUGGACCAUGUUGGCCUUUACGGUCAUCUACAUUGCCGGAAUCCUGGGCCAGACUUUUUCAAACGGUAGCUUAUCGGCCUUGUACGCUACCCGUUUUAUUACUGGUAUCGGAAUCGGUACCACGACCGUUUUGCCUUCAAUCUACCUUACUGAGAUUGCCCCUCGAAGCAUUCGUGGCCUACUCACCCUCCAAUACGCCUGCUGCCAACAACUCGGCGUCGUCUUCGGCUUCUUCUUUAAUUACGGCAUCACAAAAUACCACUCCGGCACGCGCCUUCAAUGGCAACUCCCUACGGGUUUGCAGCUCGUCCCCGCCGUAAUCUGGGGCAUCGGCAUUCUCUUCACCCCCGAGUCCCCCCGCUUCCUCCUCUCCAAAUCCAAACGCACAGAGGCUCUCCAAGUCCUCUGCCGCUUCCGCAACCUCCCCGCCGACCACCCCUACAUCGUCGCCGAGUUCGCCGGCAUCGAGCAUCAACUCAACCUCGAAAUCGAAGCCGUAAGCGGGGCCACAGUCUGGGAUCUCUUCAAAGAAACCUUUUCAGUAACCGAGUACCGCCGCCGCUUCGUCCUCAUGUUCCUGUGCCACAUGUUCGGCCAGUGGUCCGGCGCAAACGCAAUAACUCAGUAUUCGCCCUCGAUUUUCGGGUACUUGGGUAUUGAGGGCGAGGAAGCGCGGUUCCUUGCCACAGGUCUCUACGGCAUUGUCAAAUUUGUCUCUGUACUCGUCUUUUCCAUCUUCGUCAUCGAUUUUAUUGGGCGCAGACGGUCGCUUAUGCUCGGUAUUACGCUACAAAUCUUGACUCUGACGUUCGUGGGUGCGUACCUCGGUGUCACGAAUGGAAUGUCGGCCGCGGAUAUCGAGGCGAGUGCGAGCGCUACAGCGGCGAGUAAAGCCAGUAUCGUGGCUAUUUUUAUCCAUGCUGUGGCGUGGUCGAUUGGUUGGUUCUCUAUUCCGUAUCUUGUUUCUGCGGAAGUCUUUCCUGUUCGUAUUCGCUCGCUCAACGUCUCCAUUCUCAUGGCGUUUCACUGGGCGUUCUACUUUGGUUGCUCGCGCGCCAUGCCGAGUCUGCUCGCUGCUACGGAUCGAUAUGGUGCGUUCGUCUUCUUCGCGAGCAUCUGCUGCAUGUCUUUGAUAUAUGUUUACUUUGCGCUGCCGGAGACGGCUGGACGCUCACUUGAGAGCCUGGAUAAGCUGUUUCAGAGGCCAUGGUAUACGGUUCGGAGAGUUGCGUAUCCCACUGGAGAUGAUUUGGCGGAUGGAGGUGCGCGAAGUGAGGAGAAGCUGGGGGAGGUGCUGGAUGAGGAGAAGAACGGGGAGGUACGGAUUGAACAGCAUACGGAGAAGAAGUGA